GCUGGAAGGCACGAUGGUUUGGCCCCAGCCUCAACUCUGCCAUUUCAGACGUUCUGAAUCACAUUCCGACAUCAAAUUCACAGUGAAGCGCAUUGCCGCCAUUGCAAUUGCAGGCAUGGACUCGGGAAGCACCACCGAGCUUGAAGAACAAGGGUGCUAUGUCGCCUUGACCCACAACCAUCUGAAUGCUCAGGAUGUGAUUGACAGGGUGCGAAGUCCAAAGGCCGGUGCCAUUGUCCUCUUUGCGGGCACUACUCGCGAUAACUUCGCCGGGAAGCCUGUCAAAGAACUACAAUACAGCUCCUAUGGCCAGCUGGCUCUCAGGACCAUGAUGAGCAUCAGCAAGGCAAUGGUCGAGAAGCAUUCUCUCACAUCCAUUGCCAUGAUACACAGGCUUGGAACAGUGCCGAUUGCCGAGGAGAGCAUCCUGAUUGCAGUGUCAUCGCCGCACAGACAAGCAGCCUGGAGAGCGGGUGAGGAGGCCCUGGAGGAGUGCAAGGCUCGUGUCGAGGUAUGGAAGAAGGAGGAGUUUGACGGUGAGGAGGGAGUGUGGCGGGCCAACAGAGAUGGUGCUCCUGGUCAGAAGAUGACCGAGCAGGAGUUGAAUGCUGACCAGAGCAAUACAAUGUCGUAACUCAUGAAAAUGGAAGUUGCAUUCACAUGU